AUGCCUCCUGCCGACACCAAGAAGGCAGAGGACCCUGCCAAGAAGCAGGGUCCGCCCAAGCUGUCAGAUGUCAAAGAUAUCAUCGAUGAGAGCACCUUUGAGCAGAUCCUCGAGAUGGAUGAUGAGGACGACCGUGAUUUCAGCAAGGGCAUUGUCUAUGGUUUCUUUGACCAGGCUAAGUCCACAUUUAAGAAAAUGGAGGAUGAACUGUAUGUGUUGUGUUAUCCUCUUUUUUCUGAAAUCACCUCUAACUCGCCCAACAGGAAGAAAAAGAACCUUAAGGAACUUUCUUCUCUCGGCCACUUUCUCAAGGGCUCAUCUGCUACCCUGGGCCUGACCAAGGUCAAGGAUUCCUGUGAGAAGAUCCAACACUACGGCGCCGGCAAGGACGAGGCCGGAGUCGUCGACGAGCCCGACAAUGAGGUCUCCCUGAAGCACAUCCAGUCCACUCUCACAGAUGUCAAGGCCGAUUACACGGAAGUCGAGAAGUUCUUGCGCCGAUUCUAUGGGGAAGAGGUGAAGCCCGAAGAUGAACAAAAGGAGCAGAAGGAGACAAAGAAGGAGGAGGAGCCCACCACCACCAAGAAGGAGGAGAAAGAGACUAAGAAAUAG